AUGGAUAUCGAUCCCAUCCGGCGAAACAAGAAACCCCGUCUCCUGCUGGAGUCGGAGCGCGAGCGUCUUGACGAAUUCAUUGACUCCAUUCACUACUCGGCCCGGUAUUCCGAUGACGCAUUCGAGUAUCGCCAUGUCCAGCUGCCUAAGAACAUGCUCAAGAAGAUUCCCCAAGAUUAUUUCGACAGUGCGAAGGGGACGUUGAAGUUGCUCUGGGAGGAAGAAUGGCGAGCGUUGGGGAUCACACAGAGUCUGGGCUGGGAGCAUUACGAAGUUCAUGAGCCAGAGCCUCAUAUUUUGCUAUUCAAGUCCGUCAUCCUCCAACUCAAGCCAACUCAACCCCCAAAUAUAUUUGCUGACCUAAGUCUCUGUUUCUCCUAG